UACUGUUAGGUUUGCGACCCUGUUGUGAGUCCUUAUGGGUCAAUACUUGUGCUGGGUGGAAGUACGUUUUCAAAAUUGAAGUGAAAUUAUUUAAGUUCAGUCUCGUUUAUCUUGCCUGUUUUGUUUCCCGCUUUUCGCAGUUUCUUUUGAUUUCGGUGACAUUUUCUGUUCUAUCUUACCCUUUGGUAGGGUAUGGUGAUUGACAUUGGGGUGAAUAGAAGCAAGAAAGGUGUUUGUGGGCAGUAGCAGUAUAGAAAUGGCGUCACUUAUUGAAAGAGUUGUAAGACACGCAUUGCGUACAUUCUCGCAGAGACCGACAACAAUGCUGAUAUUUGAAGAGAAUUUCGCAAAGUUGAAGGCGAUGGCAGAUCAACUUACUGCAGCAGAUGUCAACUUUAGUUUAGACAACCUACAAGCUGCCGAGCUUGGGGAUUGCAAACCACCAGUGAUUUAUAUUAGCGUUUAUGAAGAUUCUUAUGUUACUAUUGGUAUUUUCAUUGUGAAAUCCGGUGCAAAGUUACCUCUGCAUGACCACCCUCAUAUGUAUGGAAUUUUAAAAGUGAUUGCAGGUACUGUCAAAAUUCAAAGCUAUACUUUACUUCCGAAGAAUACAGAUAGUGUGAGUCCGUCAGCUAGUGGGAAGCGUUUGUUUCCUCAGAACACGUCAAAAAAUCUGACACUUUCUGCAAUAAAAAUGCCUGAAGUUAUUGUGACUGAGAAUAAUGAUUCAUGCUUUCUUACUCCUACUGAACGCAACUUACAUGAAAUUUGCAGUGUGGAUGGAACUGCAGCUUUUCUUGAUAUUUUAUCACCACCCUAUGAUACAAGUGAUUUUGGAGAACGAUCAUGCCAUUAUUUUAAGGAGCAGAAUGACGAAACCCCCAGGCAUGUAACGAAUGAGACAAGACUAAUACAUAUUUCUAGUCCACCAGAGUACUGGAAUGAUGUUGCAGUCUAUGAAGGACCUGCAAUCAGUUCUUCAAAUGAUCAGAUGGAAUGAAGAAGUCAGAAAGAACAAGCCGCUUGAACAGUUACACAGAUGUGUGACUUCUUAUUGCAGGUUGUGAGCUUAUACAAUAGUAUAUAUUUAAUUUAAAGAAGUAUAAUACAUUAGUAGUGACUAUAAGUUGGAGGUGGAAAGCCAGAUAUCAGUUACAAAAACAAUGACAUUUUGGUAUACCAUCCAGUAUGUUCUCAUAUUUUAAGCAUUCAACCAGCUGCCCAAAACAUUGUGUUCUUUUAGGCAUACAAAGCACCUCACAGUACAAACAUUAUUAUUUCAUUGAUACUGAAUUAUUUUUCAUAUGCCAUAUAUAUCAGUUAAGGCUUGAGAAAUAGAAAUUCUCUGUUAACUUCCUCUUUUAAUGUUCCAGAGUGACAUGUACAAACCGGUAGAUCAUGUUACAGGGUCACCUACUGUGUCAUAUGAAUAUGGAGGUAUUGGAAACUUAUGACAGAAAAAAAAUCAUGAAUACAUCAGUAUUUAUAUGCACAAACAGAAUUCAUAGUAAUAUGAGCACAAAAAUAAGGUGCUAUACCAUAAAAAAACUUAAAAGAUUGUUAGAAUGAAAGAUUAUGCAGGAUUAUCAAAAAGGUACAUAGUAGUUUUAAAUGCCUAUAUUUAUUGAUGUAUUGCACUUACAGCACUAGUUGUGAUAUUACAACAUUAAUAAAGCACAGGAAAUUCUAUUUGGGAAGAAACAUGUUCAUUGCAUUCAACAUGAGAGUUCAAAGAAAGUUUUGGACAGCAUUCAGCAUUAAAUCUUUUAAAACAGUGGCAAAAAUGUGUUGCUUCACAGAUUGAACUUCUCAGUCACUGAUCUCACUGCAUCUUUUCUGCUGUCAAAUGCCACAUUAAACUCAUGAUUCACUGACUGCAAUUUUGAUGGGAUAUUUUCAUACAAAACAUGCUGUUCAGCAGUGUAUGUAUAUAUCUGUCUUGUUUACUGCUGCUUAUAGAAUUUCCUGCUAGUGGGUGUCACUAACCAGUAAAGAACUACCAACUAACAUUUUUUAUUAAUCUUCCUUGAGUGAUUUCUACACUUAUAGAUUGACUUUUGCAUAGGAGUCUCCAACUGUCGCUAUCUGCCCAUUCAUGCAUUUAAUCAAACCUACAUCCCUUCCUUUCUACAUUGAACUUGAUAUGUGCAUGUUCUGCCCCUGUGUCAUCUUCCACUCUUCUUAAAUUCCAGUAAUCUUUUUGAUAUUCUGUAUUACGUGUUCUGUGACACAAAAUUCAUUUAUGUCAUUGCAGUACAUCUGUAAAUGUAGGCAUUUAAAACUAUCAUGUCUUUUUUUAUGAUCUUGUAUAUUUCUAUUGGGGGGUGCUGGUUACCACUGUUAAGCCAAAGAAAACAUUCACGUAUCCACACUUUACAAACUGCUGAUUAUAAUAAAUUAAAAGAUAAGCAGUUGAGAUGGCCUUCAUUGGCAUAAUGUUCAUGCGAAGUUUCAUAAAAAUCAAUCAGCUAACCAAAAUUUGAAAGGGGGCACACUGACAGUAUUAUUAUUUCAUAAGCACACACCCGUAUAUGGUCUGGCCUCUUCCACUUUUUGAAAAGCUUUAGAGUUCUCAAUCUCUAAAUGUUGCACAAAGCAAAUAUUCUGUAUUUCUUCAUAGCACCAAGAAAUUGCAUGUACUCCAUUUUGAUUCAUGACUACAGCCAUUAUGAUUUUUUUAUGUAUUUGCAUUCCCUUCCUACACUGUUUAUAUCAUAAGUACAUGGUACAGAAUUUCUGAUUAAUGGAGGUCUCACAGAAUAUUAUUGCUUAAUUUCAAGAAUAAUGUAUGUCCAAAUACAUUGUAUUCUCUGGGCAAUGUAAAGAAAUAAUUUUGAACAUUAAAGAGCUGGUCAGCUUCCAGAAUC